AUGUCCGCAACUCGCUACCUCUCCCGCGGCUUCCGCACCUUGGCCUAUACCCGUCGCCGCUUCGCAUCUGCCCCCAAAGCCGCCGAGGCUGCCGCGGAAGCCCAACCUGACCCCAAAGUGGAGAGCAUCUUGGGCUUGCGCAUCGACUCUAACACAGUCCCCGAAAAUGUCAUCCGGGCGCUUUCACUAGAAAAUGCGAGCCGAUCGGAGGCACGUCGCCUGCGGAAAAUAAGGCUUAUAGAGACCUUUAGAAGGUCGGAAAGCGAUACUGGUUCGCCAGAAGUGCAGAUUGCUAUUCUUACCGAUCGCAUCAAGGACCUUACGGGACAUGUGCAACAACAUAAGCAGGAUAAGAUGAACAUGAGAAGUCUGGUCAUGCUCGUGCACAAGCGACGACGGCUGAUGAAGUAUUUAUUGCGUGAAACUCCAGAGCGCUACGUCGCCAUCGUCAAAGCUCUCUCUUUGCGACCUUCUUCGGUGUUUAGCAAGGAUGUUCCCCUCGGAGCAAAGAAAGCCCCUACCCCAAAGUUGAAUUGA